AUGGUUGCAGCCCGCAAAGAUGAGCGCAUCCCGAUUGCGAUCGUGGGAAUGGGAUGUCGCUUCCCAGGUGAUGCGACAUCGCCGUCCAAGUUCUGGGAUCUCUUGAAAAAUGGAAGAGAUAGAUGGAACUCGGACGCCUUUCACCACCCCAACAGCAAAGAUCGCGUCAAUACUUUGGCCACGAAGGGAGGGCACUUCCUGAAGGAGGACCCCUAUCUAUGGGACGCAUCCUUCUUCAACAUCACAGCAGCCGAAGCCAUGGCCCUCGAUCCGAAGCAGCGUAUCAUGAUGGAAGUCGCUUACGAGGCGCUCGAGAACGCCGGCAUGCCCCUGCCAAGGGUCGCCGGCUCGCAGACUGCGUGUUACAUCGGCUCCUCGACGAGCGACUAUAGAGACAUGGUCACGAGGGACUUCGCAAACUGGCCCAAGUAUUACAUCCUCGGCAACUGCGAGGAGAUGGUCUCGAAUCGUAUUUCGCACUUUCUCGACAUCCACGGCCCCAGCGCCACCAUCCAGACGGCGUGCUCCUCGAGUCUGGUGGCUACACAUUUGGCCUGCCAGAGUCUCCACUCCGGAGAGUCGGAAAUGGCCAUUGCGGGUGGUGUCGGUUUGACGCUCACCCCCGACGGCAACAUUCAGCUGGCCAACUUGACGUUCCUCAACCCCGAGGGCCACUCUCGGUCUUUUGAUGCAGAUGCUGGUGGCUAUGGUCGCGGUGAAGGUGCUGGCGCCCUCAUCCUCAAGCGGCUGGACAAGGCGCUUGCUGAUGGAGAUUCUAUCCGUGCUGUCAUCCGGGCCACGGGCGCCAACUCGGACGGGUGGACACAAGGUGUGACGCUGCCUUCUGGAGAGGCACAGGCGGCGCUCAUCAAAUAUGUCUACGAAUCUAAUGGUCUCGACUACUCUGCGACUCAAUAUGUAGAAGCUCACGGCACGGGGACAAAGGCUGGAGAUCCUCUGGAAGCAGGAGCUAUCUCGAGAACCAUCGGAUCAGGUGCGACGAAGUCACGAAAGCUCUGGAUGGGGAGUCUUAAGCCAAAUAUCGGUCACUUAGAAGCUGCCGCUGGUGUAGCGGGAAUCAUUAAGGGCGUCCUGGCCAUGGAGAACGGGAUGAUACCCCCCAACAUCUACUUCAACAAGCCCAACCCCGCAAUCCCAUUCGAUGAAUGGAACAUGGCCGUACCGACAAAGCUGACACCUUGGCCUGUCUGCAAGACCAAGCGGAUGAGUGUCAGUGGCUUUGGCAUGGGCGGCACAAACGGCCACGUAGUGUUGGAGUCUUUCAACUCGGACCAGUGGAAGUCACUGCUUCCCGCCAACGGUGUCGCCCACGAGACUCCGAACGUCAAGAAGAGACUAUUUGUCUUCAGCAGUCACGACCAAGCUGGGUUCAAACGCAUCGGCGAUAAGUUGGUCGAGCACAUGGACACCCUUGGCCCCGCUGCUUCGAGCCCAGAGUAUCUCGCCAAGCUGGCACACACCCUCUCUGUCGCGAGAUCGGGCUUGACUUGGAGAUGGAGCUGUUCGGCUGAAAAUGCCGCUGAUCUCCGUCACAAGCUUUCAACCACGGCUGGCGACAAGACUACGAGAACCCCGGACAGCAAGCCGAGGAUUGGAUUCGUCUUCACGGGUCAGGGAGCGCAGUGGGCCGGUAUGGGCGUCGAGAUGCUCAAGUCCCACCCGGUCUUUAAGGAUUCCGUUGCGCAGUCUGCAGCCCUUCUCAAGUCCAUGGGCUGCGACUGGGACCCUGUCGAAGAAUUAGCGAGGUCAAAGCAAGAAUCUCGUCUCAAGGUGCCCAUGAUCAGCCAGCCCAUCUGUACUGUCUUGCAGAUUGCCCUGGUUGACGAGCUGCGCUCUUGGGGCGUAACCCCCGAGAAAGUUGCCGGCCACUCAAGUGGAGAGAUUGCAGCGGCGUACUGCGCCGGGGCGCUCACGCAUCGUGAUGCCAUUGCCAUCGCUUACUUCAGGGGCAAGGCUUCCUCCGGUCUGGUCGGCCUCAAGGGCGGCAUGAUGGCUGUCGGCUGCUCCUAUGAUCAAGCACGAUCACUGCUCGCGCAGCACGGAGAGCACCUCGGCGGUGUCGCGACAGUGGCCUGUGUGAACUCUCCGAAUAGCGUCACCAUAUCGGGUGACUCAGCCGCUCUCGAGAGACUGCGAGCCAUCCUCGAGAAGGAGAGCAUGUUUGCUCGCAUGCUUCAAGUUGAUGUCGCUUACCAUUCUAGCCACAUGCAGGGUGCUGCGGCAGAAUAUGCCGCUUCUAUCGCAGACGUUGAGCCGAACAGCUCGGAGGAAGACGAAACCAAGCGUGUGACCAUGGUCUCGAGUGUCACUGGUAGUGAAGCUGCCCCUGAGUUGCUUGGAGGCUACUACUGGGUGCACAACCUGGUAUCUCCCGUUCUCUUUGAGCAAGCAAUCAAGGAGAUGGUUUCUCCAGCAGCAGAAGCAGACGGAAAGACUCUUGACCUAUUGAUCGAACUUGGUCCUCACAGCGCUCUCGGUGGCCCUAUCGAGCAGAUAUUGUCCCACCACGGGAUCAGCGAUGUCAGCUACAAGUCCGUUCUCACCAGACUUCAAAGCGCCGUCGACACGAGUUUGCAGCUAGCUUCCGAGCUUUUCGCUGAAGGUGUCUCUCUGGAACUCCAGAAGGUUAAUGGAGAUUCUCACUGCCAGCUUCUCACCAACUUGCCGCCGUAUCCCUGGAAUCACUCGAAGGUUUUCCGCUGCGACUCGCGCAUUGCAAAGGAACUUUUGGCACAGAAGUUCCCCACUCGAAGUCUGCUUGGAGCGCCUGUACCCAUGAUGGAUGAGACGCAGAGGGUAUGGCGCAGUUUCCUUCGACUUGAAGACGAGCCUUGGCUUCGUGGGCACAUGGUUGGCAGCACCGUGCUUCUCCCUGGUGCUGGCAUGACCAGUAUCAUUCUCGAAGCUAGUCAACAGCUUGUUGCACCGGGAAAGACUGCUCGAGCUUUCCGUCUACGCGAUGUGUCUCUCUUCGCUGCCAUGGCUCUCCCGGAAGGAGUUGCAACAGAAGUCAUUGUUCACAUGAGGCCCUACCUCCAGUCCACGCUUGGAUCAACCCCUGCAGCAUGGUGGGAGUUUACCAUGUCUUCAUGCGUCGGAGGUGACCAGCUGAGGGACAACUGCCGUGGGCUGAUGACCAUCGAUUACCAUGAAGACACAACCCCGCAGAUGGCAGAGGAGGAUGCUAUUAUCGCAUCCUCGAGAGUAGCGGAAUAUCAUCGUGUUCACAAGGAGUCGAAUCUCGAGUACGCCAAAGAGAACUUCUACAACCACAUGAACAGUGCCUCUUGGAAGUAUGGAGAAGCUUUCCAGGGCAUUGAGGGAUGCCAUGUCGGUGACGGUCAGAGCACAUUCAAUAUCAGAGUGACCGAUAUCGGGGAGACCUACAGUAAGGGGCAAAUUGAGCGACCUUUUCUCAUUCACGCUGGUACCUUGGAUGCAGUCUUCCAAAGUUGGCUGAGCAGCACGUGGACAGGUGAUAAGGAUGGAGGCUUCGACUUCACGAGACCCUUCGUGCCUGUUCACUUUACCGAGCUCGAAAUUUCUGCUGAUAUUCCUGGCGACGUGGGCUACGUCAUGCCUGGGCUCUGUCUUUCGGAGCGAUAUGGCUUUACGGACUUGUCUGCGGAUAUGUUCAUGUUCGACAAGGAUGUUUCCAAGCCUUACCUCGUGGUGAAGGACUUCCGAGUCGCUGAGCUGAACAUGGAUGAUGGCGGAGGUCGCGAAGAUAAUGAGGUUGAUCCGACCGACAUCACAUCAGAAGUUCGCUGGAACUAUGCCUUGGAUGUUAUGGAGCCACAGGAAAUCAGCCGAGUGGUCUCCGCCAUCAAACCCAAGGAUAGAAUGGCUGAGAUCAUUCGGAUGGCACUUCACUUGAACCCGGCAGCUACGCUCCUACAGCUCGUCCCGGACCACGAUGCCGCGCGCAAUUCAGUCAUCGCUAGCCUACCUGGGGACAUCGUACGCUCUAGCCAAGUUCGCUACGCGGUCAUCAACGCUGCCAAGAGCCCGUCGACCGACAAGACAGCCUUCGUCGGCGAGGUAUUUGAACUCGACGCAGUAGAGAGCCCUUUGCCGGAGAAUAUUCCAAAGGCCGAUCUCUUGAUCAUCUCCAGCGAUGUGGAAAAGGUUGAUAAGCGCGACCAGUUCCUUGAACGAGUUCUCAACCUCACCAAGCCAGAGGCAACGGUUCUCAUUGCUGCCAAACAACAGCCCACCCCUGGAGGAUUGGAAGCCAGAGGCUAUGACUUUGUCUUUGGAGUUGAGGGAGAUGAGCGCCUUGCGCUGUACUGGGGUGCUAGGAACGCGAAUGCGAAGCCCGCGACCAACGGCACUCCUGCUCGGCAGGCAGUAAUCAUGGAGCCGACGACUAUGUCCAAUGAGUCUCGGCAAUUCUCCAAGUCUCUUCAGGAAUCUCUUAUCACUCAAAACUACGCGGUGUCAACGAGGACCUUGACCGACGAGCCGAAGUCUGAUGUUGCAGAAAGCGAAGUUCUCAUUUCUCUGUUGGAACUUGAAAAGCCGCUACUCGACGACCUGUCGGAGAAGGAGUACCAAGUUGUGAAGGCUCUAUCUCUAGCAUACCAGCGCCUUCUUUGGAUCACCUGUGGAGACAACCCAUCAUUCGGCGUGAUUGAUGGUUUGUCACGCUGUGUUGAGAGCGAGAUUGCAGGCACUCGGUUCCAGGUUCUGCAUCUGAGUCAAGAGACGGGCCUGCAACAUGGCCCGGCACUGGCAUCUCGCAUCUUGUCUUCGGAAACCACAAAAGAUGAUGAGUUCCAUGAACGCGAUGGUGUCUUGCAGGUGACCCGUAUCUAUCGGAGCUUAACGGAGAAUGACUCCAUCAAGCAUCACUUGCACGAUUCGACCCGGGUCACAUCUGUUGGCGCCGACGAGGACCUGAGGCUUUCGAUUGAGAGACCCGGUCUGUUGGACACACUGCAGUUUAUUGAGGACGACCGGCUGAAUGUCCCUCUUGCAGACCACGAGGUGGAAAUCAAGGUAAAAGCCACGGGCAUCAACUUCCGAGACAUCAUGGCUACUAUGGGACUCAUUCCCAUGUCUGUCUUGGGACAGGAAGGCAGCGGUGUCGUUGUCAAGACUGGAAGUGAAGCAAGCCGCUUCAAACCCGGUGACCGCGUGAGCUUCCUGGGCGUCGGCACACACGCUACGAAGAUCCGGGUUGACCAUCGCAUUGUUGCUCAUAUUCCCGACACCAUGUCCUUCGAGGAGGCCGCUGCAUUGCCUGUCGUCCAUACCACUGCGUACCAUGCCCUUGUCAACCUCGCAAAGCUUACCAAGGGCAAGUCGGUUCUGAUCCACGCCGCCGCUGGUGGUGUAGGCCAAGCGGCUGUCCAGAUUGCUCUUCACCUGGGUUUGGUCGUCUAUGUCACCGUUGGCUCCGAAGACAAGCGGAAGCUAGUGGUCAACACGUAUGGCAUUCCCGAGAAGCACAUUUUCAAUUCACGCGAUGCCAGCUUCGCAAAGAGCGUGAUGCGCGUCACGAAUGGUCGCGGUGUUGACUGCGUUCUCAACUCACUCUCAGGAGAGCUUCUUCGGACAUCGUGGGAGUGUCUGGCCACCUUCGGCACUUUUGUCGAGAUUGGUCUCCGCGACAUUCUCGACAACACUCGGCUUGACAUGAGACCAUUCGGGAAGAGCACAACGUUCACAUUCUUCAACCAGUUCACACUUUACGAGGAGGACCCCGCUGCGCUAGGACAGAUCCUCGAUGAAGCCUUCAAGUUGGUCCAUAUGGGUACGCUUCGUGCUCCGAGCCCCCUGACGGUGCAUUCCAUGGGUCAAGUGGGAGACGCCUUCCGCACCAUCCAGCAAGGAAAGCACCGCGGCAAGAUGGUUAUGGCAUUCACGGAUCACGCAGAGGCGCCAAUCUUGCGCAAGGCUAAGAACUCUCUCAAGCUCAACGAUGAUGUCACUUACCUUCUUGUUGGUGGCCUAGGUGGUCUGGGCCGCAGUCUGGCGCGGCAAUUCAUCGCCUGUGGCGCUCGUAACCUUGCCUUCCUCUCAAGAUCUGGAGACGGCUCCCCAGAUGCCAAGGCUCUGAUCAAAGAGCUAUCCAACAUGGGCGCCAACGUCAAGGCCUACCGCGGUGAUGUGUCGGACCCUGCUUCCUUCCAGGCUGCUCUGGAUCAAUGCGAACGAGAGCUUCCGCCCGUCAAGGGUGUGGUCCAGAUGGCUAUGGCUCUUCGCGACAUCGUCUUCGAGAAGAUGUCUUACGACUGGUGGAAGACUGGGUUGAGACCCAAGGUGCAAGGUACAUGGAACCUUCACGAGUACUUCAACCAUGAACGCCCCCUAGAGUUCUUCAUCAUCUGCUCGUCCAUUUCGGGUAUGUACGGCUACCCCAGUCAGGCACAGUACUCCGCCGGCAACACAUACCAAGACACUUUGGCGCACUACCGCCGUUCACAGGGGCUCAAGGCCGUGUCGGUCAACCUGGGUAUCAUGCGUGAUGUUGGUGUGCUGGCAGAGCAAGGUGCGACGGGCAACUUCUUGCUGUGGGAAGAGACCCUGGGCAUCCGAGAGCCAGCGUUUCAUGCCCUCUUCAAGGGCCUCAUCAAUCGGCAGAGGAGCGAAAACCCGGCUUCAUGGCCGCCAGCUCAAGUGACAACCGGCUUGGGCACUGCAGACAUCAUGGCAGCACACGGCCUCGAUCAGCCGGGAUACUUCAGCAUCCCGCGUUUCGGACCUCUCGCGGUGACGAGCUUAGCGACAAGUGCUUCGGGUGCUGGAAAGUCAGACACCGUUUCUCUUUCUUCACGCUUAUCUGAGGCGAGUAGCAAGCAGCAGGCGUUGGAUAUUAUCACAGAGGCUCUGGUAAAGAAGGUGGCCGACAUUUUGCAGAUGCCUGUGUCGGAAGUUGAUCCGGGCCGGCCUAUGUACCGCUAUGGUGUUGAUUCUUUGGUUGCGCUCGAGGUCAGAAACUGGAUCACUAGGGAGAUGAAGGCAACUGUGGCUCUUUUGGAGGUCUUGGCUGCGGUUCCCAUGGAGGUCUUUGCAGCUAGGAUAGCCGACAAGAGCAAGUUGGUGGCGUUUGAGUGA